GUUCGAGUGAUUGUUACUUAUCACGAUUCCCGAUCUUCGGUUUCUCCGGCGUAGCCGGUCUUCUGUCUCUUCGAUCAUAUUGUUUUAAUUUUUCCAAAUUCAAGAUGGCACGCAUUGUUUUCCUAGUGACUGUGUUAGCGGCUCUGUGCUACAUAAGCCAGGCUAAUCCGGUGCAAGUAGAAAGCACUGAAGAUAUGCAAAAUGAACUUAAAUCGGUGUCUGAUAUUAAAAACAAGAUAUCAGAAAAGUUUGAGGAAAUAAAAGAUGAAUUAAAGAAUACAUUAGAAAAAUCGAAGAAGAAGUCUGAUAAAUUUCUAAAACAGCUUAUAGAAGAAUUUGGGUCAGACAAAGGGAUUGUCAAGGAGACCUUGAAGACAAUUAUAGAAAAUUACGAGGAAUGUAAGGAAAAGUGGGUUGGAAAUGUAGAUGAAAAAGUAAAGAAAGCUCAAGAACUGCUCAAGAACUCAAAAAACGAAAUCCUCCAGAAGUUCAAUGACGUUGUCAAACCUGAAAAGUUGCGUGAAAUAUUAGAGAAGCUCACUGAAGAAGCUAAAGGUAAUACCAAGGAUAUUUUCAAAGAACAGUUUGAAAGAAUGGAAGCUAAAGGAAUCGAGUUAAAGAAUAUUUUUAAAGAUAAAUUGGAAGAAACUAUAAAAAAUAUAAAAACUAAUGGUAAAGAAGGUCUAAAGGAUUUUCUUAAAGCUGUAGAAGAAUUGAAACAGAAGGCUAAAGAGUCAAAAGAAAAGCUGCUAGAGAAGGUAAGAUCUACACUUGAUCAGUUAAAAAAUACGCGCAAAGAUAUUUUGGAGGGUUUCAAGGAAAAUGCUGAAAAAUAUGUAGAAAAUGUAGAAGCAACCAUCAAAAACAAGCUAGAAGAUAUGAAAAAAAAGGGCGAAGAACUUCAACAGGAGACAAAAGAACUGAUUGAAGAUAUUCGCAAGAAAUUAGGAGAAAAACCUAAAGAGCUCAAGGGCGAACUACAAAACAAAAUCACGGACCUUCGUAACAAAUUGAGUGAAUGGAAGGAGAAGGCUGAAAAUCUGAUUGAAGAGAUAAACACAAAUGUGAAAGAAUAUGAAAAAGAGCUUUGCAAGAAGCUAGAAGACGCUUUGGAGAAAGCCAGUAACAAAAUUAAAAAACUUGGAACAAAUAUGAAAGAAGUCACUAAAGAAAUUAAAAACGAAUUCACUGAACAAUUCACAAACACAAUAACUGAGAUGGAAAAUUUCAUUAAGAAAAUUACCAAGAAGUUUACUGAGAUUGGCGAAGAACUCGCAAAGACCGCUGAGAAUUUCAAAGAUCUAUUGAAGGACAAAUUCAAAAAGGGCGGUGGAACAAUCAAAGACACUGUCAAGGACAUUGCAGAUAAAGCAGAAGGAAUUGUUAAUGAGUUGAAGAAAACCAGGGAUAGAAUUUCGGACAAUCUAACAAAAAACGCAGAAGACAUCAUUAACAAAUUAAACGAGAUGCGUAAGGACGCCAAUAAAAAGACGAACAAAGUAACGGAUGCAAUCCGCGGCUUGUUCGGAUAAUCAGUCUCAGAGCAGAAACACAACUCAGGUUAUAUUCAACCAAAGUUAAUGUAUUCUGAAGACGCCACAUAUUCUAAUAUUAAAGAUUUUUAAAAAUUUUAAUGUUAUAAUUUUUAAAUUUUCGAUAUCUUAGUAUUUUACAAAUCAAAAAUUAAGUUUUUAUUAAAAUUUAACAGAUGAAAUUCGCAAUAUAUCACGUUUUACUCUAAAAGUCUCAGAGAGCUAAUUAUUAAGAUUAUCUUGUGGCAUCUUCAACUUAAUAUAAUUCUCAUCUAUAAAAUUGUAAUCCAUGAUACGCUUAUCAAAGUUAACACUUAUCGAAUAAAAUUAAAAAAA